AUGCAGAAGAACAACCUCCUAUUGCCAAAGACAUCGCUACCGCAGCAACGGCCGUCCCCAGCACCGCCAGCGCCGCCGCUACAGCCCGACGCUCGAAUUCGCACCAGCGCCGCCGCCGAGGAGAACCCCAAGGCCAUCAAGUCUGGUGAUUCCGCCAUCGUUAUCCUCGUCCCAACCAAACCUUUGUGCGUUGAAUCGUUCCAGGAGUUCCCUCCAUUGGGUCGUUUCGCUGUUCGUGAUAUGAGACAGAUCGUCGCUGUCAGUGUAAUCCAGGCUGUAAACUUCAAGGACGUCAGCGGUGGCAAGGUGACCAAGACUGACGAAAAGGCUACCAAGGGCAGGAAAUAGCUGCGAUUCAUCAACAUCUU